CAAAGAGAGUGCAGAUGACAUCAUGGACUUGGUGUAAAAGAACACUGUCUGCAUCGUUAACCUGAAGAAAGCGAUUGAUUUCAAUGCUGAAGAAGUAAAUACACUGAAGGAGCAGAACGCAACAUUGAAUACUCAGGUUGCAAAGAGGAGAAGAAACUCACUGAAAAUGGAGUCAAAGGUUAAAACGAGACUGACCGAUACAGUUGAAGAUGGACUCUUCGAAUUGACGGAAUCGCAGAAGGAUUUGACGAGAUCACAAAGCAAAAGUGAAGGACAUUUGCAGGGCAAUAGUCCCGGAGGACGAGCAGAAUAUUGUUGUAGGUUCUCUGGAUGUGGUGCACCGCCUGGGUAGGCUGAGAGAUGGGGAGAACAACCAAAUCAAAUCAAAGUUUAUUUGUCACGUGCGCCAAAUACAACAGGUGUAGAUAGACCUUACAGUGCGAAAAAAAAAUGGUUCCGUUUUUCUGUGCUCCGUUUUAUUACUUAACAAAUAAGGAAUACUCAAAAUGUGCACUUAUAAAUCAUAACCAUUUUAAUCAAAAUACAGCUGUAGACAGAAGUCAAAGAUCAAACAUCACACAAACAACUGAUGUCUCUCCUGAGUUCUGCCCCAUAGGAAAAUAACUAGUUGCUUUUAUCAUGCUUGUAGUCAACCUCCUGUGAUGCCAUUACCUGCUACUCCUCAGACCAAGCACAUGCAUGCACAGCUAUACAAACUUGCAAGAAAUACAAUAGUUCCAGUGUUUUCUAAGGCCUCAGGAGUAAAAGCCACUCCCCCAAGUUGACUUAUAGAGGUAUGUCUGACUAGCCUCUUAUCUCUUCUACUCCCUGCAGGGCUCUUUGUUUAUCUUUGAAAUGCUUUUCCCACCAUUUAUUUAUAAGAGGCACAGACUUAAAAAGACUGUGAAACAAUUAUAAAUCUUUAGAAUGAAUAUAUAUAUAUAUAUAUAUAUUGUUAAUCUGUAAUCUAGGACCCUAUAAAUGUAGAGGAGGAGGGGUCCCAUAGCCCCUCCCCUUCUAUUAAUACAACAUAUUAUAAUCAAUUAUUAUAAUACAUCAGACAUUUGGUGCAGCCCCUAACGUGACCCCAAUUUGACCCCAUCACUAUAUACAGACACGGGUUAGUCAGGCUUAUUGAGGUAGUAUGUGCAUGCAGGUAUGGUUAAAGUGACUAUGCAUAUAUGAUGAACAGAGAGUAGCAGAAGCAUAAAAAGAGGGGUUUGCGGGUGGUGGGACACAAUGCAGAUAGCCCGGUUAGCCAACUUUUAAAUAUUUAUUUAUUUAUUUUUUAUUUCACCUUUAUUUAACCAGGUAGGCUAGUUGAGAACAAGUUCUCAUUUGCAACUGCGACCUGGCCAAGAUUAAGCGUAGCAAUUCGACACAUACAACAACACAGAUUUACACUAUGAACCAUGCCCAUGUCGAUUCUUUAGUUUUUUUUGUAUAGCAGUAUAUAAGAGAACUAAAGGGACCUCCCUGGCGGAGCUUGUGGCAGACUUGUACUUUGUACAUGUUUGUUUUAACCUCUCCAGUUAAGUGACAAUAUAGAAUGAAUCAUUUAAUAUGGACUUCAGGUGUCCCUGGUGUUGAAUGUCCACCAAACACAUCUGUCAUGAUGAGCACAAUACAAUGUUUAUUCAGGGUGAAAGGUUCUGUGGAAAUUCUGAUAUACAUAAUUUUAUGGGCGUGGGAGGAGUUUGGCUGCUAUAUGAAAGAGUGCUUCUCCACUCCAGAGACACAUAUUCCGCUGUUGCAUCUUUGAACUUCACUCAGAGUCUUGACUCUUAAACUCUUAUUGCAUAUUGAAUCAGACCAAUCAGUUUUCUUUCAUCAAGAUCUUCUAUAGUCAUCUUUAACACUGAGGCCUGCUAAUCAUUCUAUAUAUUUAAAAGAAGAAACUUUGUUUGGAGAGGUUACUUGACGCACGCACACACACUCAACAUGGCAACCACACUGGAACUAAUAGGUGGUCAAGGAGGCAGUCCAUUUGAAUUCCACGGCAUGAACAACGGUGCCACCCUCAAGAAGAUUGGAGUGGCGGUGGGAGGCUGGCAGGUGAAAGCUGUGCGGGUGGAGCUGACCGACGGGAAAGUAGCGACUUUUGGAGAUGCUAACACUUUCAAUGAGUUUGAGUUCAAACUCGGCGAGCGCAUCACCAAGCUGUCGCUGUGGGGUAACGGUGCCGGCACACGUCUGGGUGCCAUCAAGUUCACGACGAGUGAGAACCGGGAGUUCUUUGAAAAAAUGACCAGCUGGGGACUGAAGACUGAGUACACCAUAAAUGUGGGUUCUGGAAUCUGCCUGGGGCUGCAGGGCAGGUAUGGCUCAGACAUCGACUGCAUGGGCUUCCUCUUCAUCAACACCAUCAAGUCGUCCGUGCUGACAGACAUGGAGUAUCCCACCCUGUCCCUCUUCAAACCCCAGGUGACCCCAGAAUAUGUGAAAUCCCUGUCUCACCACAACGACACCUCAUUGGUUCAAGAAGAGUCCAUUACAUACAGCAAGACCCUGACCAAGACUUCCUCCUGGUCCGUCAGCAACAAGAUAGAAUCCACCUUGAAUGUGUCGGUCAAAGCAGGGAUCCCGGAUCUGGUCGAGGUGACAUCAGGGUUCAGCUUGACCGUAGGAGUGGAGCAUUCCACCAGCCUGCAGAAGACAGAGACCAUAACAGAAUCAGAUACCAUCAACGUGAAGAUCCCUCCAGGGAAGACCAUGGAUGUUGAGAUCACAGUGGGGAAAGCAAAUAUCGACCUCGACUACAGAGCCACAGUGAAAGUCACCUGCAUGAAUGGCAGUCAGCUGGUCUUCCCAUCCAAUGGCGUCUACACUGGUGUGACUUACACUUCAGCUAGGGUAUCCACAAAGGAGAGAUAAUAAGUACAGUGAUAGAAUGAACUAAUUCUUUGUGUGCCUUUUCUGUUACUGUCACGCCUUGGUCUUAGUAUUUUGUGUUUUCUUUAGUUAUUUGGUCAGGCCAGGGUGUGACAUGGGUUUAUUGUGUUGUCGUAUUGGGGUUUUAGUAGGCAUUGGGAUUGUGGCUGAGUAGGGGUGUAUAGCAUAGGCUUGGCUGCCUGAGGCGGUUCUCAAUCAGAGUCAGGUGAAUCUCGUUGUCUCUGAUUGGGAACCAUAUUUAGGUAGCCUGGGUUUCACUGUGUGUUUGUGGGUGAUUGUUCCUGUCUCAGUGUGUUUGUAUUUCACCAGAUAGGCCGUAUAGGUUUUCACGUUCCGUUUCUUGUUUUUGUAUUAUUCGUGUUUUUUCUUAUUAAAGAUGUAUCGAACUAACCACGCUG